UGUAACACUUUAAAUACAUAUAUGUGUUUAUUUCAUUAUUGUUGUCUCAAGUAAAUCCUACUCAUACCUGUCUUUUUCCAAAAAGUCCGAAUCUACAUUUCCCCGAAAGUAAGGACAAGAAACAAAUAUCUGGCUGAAUGCAAACUGAACUGAAGACAUCGCUUAGCAAGUUCGAAUUAACUGGAUGUCUUUUAAUAGCAGUUUAUUAUUAAAUUUAUUAUUUUUCGGAAAAUCAAGUAAAAAAUUAAUUUUUACACAAUCAACAUACUACAUACUACAAACGGUCUAAUUGAUUAGUUUAAUACAAUCGGUAUAUAAUAAUGAUAACUAUACAUAUAGCAGCCAAUCAGUAUUGCUUUGCUUAUGGAUUGUUUGCUUAAACGCAUUAUAAUAAUUAGUCCAUAUUAAGAGACAAUUUCUUUAUUCGAAAUCACAUUGCAUUGACCAAUCUUUAAGAAUCACGUUCAUUGAUUAACAUAGCAAUGUCACACUAUAUCCAUAUAAUUUCCAUUAUUAAGUAUUUUAAAAAGUUUACAAAUAGACUUUUUUUCUAACUCCGUGUUGUUUAUUAUUAUCGUUUAAGGAAGUUUAAAUACUAUUAAGGUCACCUGGAUUAAACAAUUAUAAAAAUGGCUUCCAGGAAGAAAACGAAAACAAAGAGGACUUGGUCUUGCAUAAUAAAAGAAGCCAACAAUUUUAAUUUGGUCCUCAACGUUUCUCAUUCAAAAAAUCUUGUUUUCGAUAUCAUUUACCUAUUAAUUUAUGAUUCUGCGGGAGCCUUAUUUACAAACGUAUUUGCUAAGACAUUACAGUCAGGAUUUACGAUACCAAUUGCAGAUGUGCUUAGACAAUCGGAAUACAAGAUUCAGUUAUACGGAUUGAGAAAUAUCACUGUUGGUAGACACCAGUAUGAUAACGUUGUAUGCUACGGUGAAAGUGAAUUUAAAGUAGCAGCUGUUGAAAAACGAAAAGACCUCAUAGUUGUCUUGGAUGCCGAGCGAGAUGCAAAGCUACCAGGUGAAUUAAAUUCUCAGGGGACAUUACCUACUCUGAUUCAUCGUCAUCUGCCAGAUAAAUAUGCCAUAGAAACGGAAUGUGUGUACAUCGAACCAGUAGUGUUUCUGGUCUUCAUUAAACAUGGUAAUACAAUAUCUAUUUUCAACUCAUACAAAAGGCACUUAGAAUAUGAAAUCCCGAUCGAUCUCCCGUCAGCAAUCGUGGUAAAAUGCAGAGUUUUAGCAACAUGCCGGAAAUCAAUUGAAGAAAGAAAGUAUUUUACUUCAAGAACCACUGCACACAGCAAAAUAAUUGACUUCAAAACAUUGUUUACCAAAGUAGAUGUUGAUAUGCUGUAUCAGUUGGCCUUAUCAUUUGGAACACGAAAUGGAAACUCAGGUUUACGUCCGAUUCGUUAUUUCUACAGAAAUAAAACAGAAGAAUAUUUUAUGAUUAUUAGACUUCACACUAAUGGAGAAAUGCGACCAUAUCUAAAGAAUCAUGGAGCUGAACAGGGAUCAGUGUUAAACGGAAGAGUGAAAGGCUUAUUUUUCAGUACUUUAGUUGACAAAACUACGAACAGACCACAACCAUUUUCACAUUACGGACCUGUGCGAUUGUACGUGGAAGCUCAGUUAAUGUGUAACCCAAAAUGUAAUCUUUAUUUCUCUGAUUUUUAUUGUCAUAACGUAAAGCAUCACCUGACAGUGGUAUUGAUGCCUAAAUCAUCUCCUUGCAAUGAGCUAUGCCGGCAAUACCUUCUUCAGUUAGACAUAUACAAUAAUCCAUAUCUUCGUGUAUUUCGCUUUCCGAAUGGAUCAUCUUGUGUUUUAGCAAACAUGGAUAUAAUUGUAGAAAUAUUUUACACAGAAAUUGUAAACGUUUCACACAUUUUAGAAUCUGGUCGCGGUUACAUGGUGAGAACGCCAACAAUUGGACGUGGUUUUGCUCCAUCUUCUGGCAUUCCGAAGAAAUCAACGUGCAAAAUAUGCAAUAUUAACCGCAUAUCUCCUAGUGAAAAGAACGAAAGACAAAAUAUUUGAAAAUAUGUCUUAUGAUUAAACAUAAAACAAAAAUAAUUAAUGCUAAUAAAUAUACAAUAAUUUGUA